CUUCGGUCGAUCCGAUUCCAGUCCGUCACGUCGUCGUUUGUUCUUCACCCAUCCCCUCUCUCCUUUGCUACGAAUCCUUCUCCUAUUCCAUCUUCACUUAUCGUUUUAUUUUGGCUACUGCCUCCUUCCAUGUCUUCCAAAGCCGAACGCCACGAGCAUUCGGAACCCUAAUCUGGUCCCGCGACAACAAUUCGGGCUUCUCUUAUGGAGAGCGACCACAAGCUUUGCGGCUUCCUCCAGGUCGUGCUCUCCGUGCCCUCGCCCACCCAAAUCCUAACCCCCGGCGCCUCCUGCUCCCUUUUCUCCGACGGACCUAAUGUCGGUUUCCGCUCCGAUGAAGGCGUCCUCCUGCUGCCUUUGCCCGACCGCACCGCCUCGCCUCCGCCCGCAGCUGCUGACACCGCCGCCGCGACGGCGACUCCGGGGAGGACCAUGGCCGCAUUUGGGAAUGCCGCCGUGACGUUGCCCUCGUCGGCGUCGAAGAGGAGGAGGCGGAGGGUGGCCGGGCUGGUCAACGGGAGCAUGAGCGUAGUCCACCAGUUGCAGGCGCUCACGGCCUACAAGUGCGUGAAGAUUGAUGCCAGAGUCGUGAGGAUUUCUGCUCGAGGGGACGGCGAGGUGAGGGCGGUGGUGUUGAUUGACUUGUAUUUGCCCAUUGCUGUGUGGUCCGGUUGGCAAUUCCCCAGGUCCGGGGCGUUGGCUGCAUCUCUCUUCAAGCAUGCAAGUUGUAAUUGGGAAGUCAGAAUUUCUUUACUCACCUUUGAUUGGAAAGCCAAGGAUUAUUGCAAGUUGGAUGAUGAAUCCAUUUGGAACUAUUCUGAUUGUCAUAUCUUGGGCUGCAAGAUGCGCUGUACUUUAUCUGGUUCUGACAAUAAGAAUCUAUUUGAUCUUCAUGAAAUGUUCAAGAGCUUACCUAGCAUUGGGAAGGAAAAGAAGAUUUACUCUACUAGAAUAAGACCUGAUGGCGAAUUUGUAAGUCCUGGUAUCUGGGAUAUUUCGGAUGAUGUUUUGACAAAUGUGUUGAAUCAACUUGGCCCCAAGGACCUUGUAAAUGUUGCAGCCACUUGUCAUCAUCUAAGAUCCUUGGCUAGGCCUAUCAUGCCAUGUACGAAGCUAAAGCUUUUUCCUCACCAGGAAGCAGCAGUUGAGUGGAUGCUAAAACGUGAGCACCAUACUGCUGUUCUGGCACAUCCUCUAUACAGAGAUUUUUCAACAGUGGAUGGAUUUUCACUUUACAUGAAUUCUGUUUCUGGUGAACUAUCUACUGAAAUGGCUCCGACUGUAUGUGAUUUCCAUGGAGGAAUGUUUUGUGAUGAACCAGGAUUAGGGAAAACUGUAACUGCACUAUCUCUUAUCCUGAAAACUCAUGGAACUGUUGCUGACCCUCCUCAUAAUGCAGAUGUAGUUUGGUGCAUGCAUAAUAUGGACCAAAGAUGUGGUUAUUAUGAACUUGUUGCUGAUAAUUUAAAUUCAGUUAACUUUAUGUCAGCAAGAAAAAGAUCUAUAGCACAAAAUUUAGGAAGGGGUGAGACCCAAUUUAAUCAGCCCCUACUGAGACCUAGUUCAGUUGAAAACUCAAAUUCCUUCCCAUAUGAUAGAUGCAGAUCAAUAGAUUCUAAGUUUACAGCAGAAUUGAUAGAUUCUUCUAGUUGGAAGUCGGAUAUUUCAACUUGCACAAAAUCAAGUCCAAUGCCUGUAACAUGCAUUGUUAGAAGUACUAGAAGCUUGAGUCGAGUUAAGAGAAAUCUUCUAAACAAAUAUGGAAAGGGUAUUAUCUCUGAUAACAACAUAAAGACUGCAGGAAAAGUUGUUGGCUGCACAAACAUAUCGACUGCUGCAAAAGGAGAACAUUUGAUGAAUCAGGAACAUGUUUUUCCUGCUGUUCGCAACAACUACAAGAAGCUAAAAAAAGAGACUGUUGGUUCUGAUUCUAGUGAGACAUGGGUUCAGUGUGAUGCUUGUAGAAAAUGGCGAAGGCUAUCCGAGAGAAGUACACUUGACACUGCAGCAGCAUGGUUUUGCAGUAUGAACAAUGAUCCAAUACAUCAGAACUGUGGUGCUCCAGAAGAGUCUUGGGACUCCAAGACAAGAAUUACAUAUUUGCCUGGAUUUUAUACAAAAGGAACUGCAGAAGGGAAAGAGCAAAACAUCUCAUUUUUCACAAGUGUAUUAAAGGAUAAUUUCUCACUGAUCAAUCAUGAAACAAAUAAGGCUUUAAAUUGGUUGGCCAAUCUUUCACACAGCAAGUUCCAAGAGAUGGAAAAAAAUGGUUUGACACGGCCAGUUCUAAAUGCACAGUGGGAAGUAUAUACAAGAGAGGCUCAGGGGUACCAUAAAAUAUUUCAAGCAUUUGGGCUUGUAAGAAAGCUUGAGCAUGGUACAAUAAAAUGGUAUUACCCAUCUUCACUUGAUAAUUUGGCAUUUGACUCUGCAGCACUCAGGAUUGCUUUGACCAAACCAUUGGACUCAAUUAGGUUGUAUUUGUCUAGAGCCACCCUGAUUGUUGUCCCAGCAAAUUUGAUUGAUCACUGGAUAACCCAAAUUCAGAAGCAUGUUAGUCCUGGUCACCUACGUGUUUAUGUGUGGGCUGAUAACAGAAAGCCUUCUGCUCAUAAUCUUGCAUGGGAUUAUGACAUUGUCUUAACCACCUUCAACAAGUUAAGUGCAGAGUGGGGCCCUCGCAAGAGGAGCAUCUUAAUGCAAGUGCACUGGCUUAGGAUAAUGCUAGACGAAGGACAUACGCUUGGCUCAAGUCUCAGCUUGACAAACAAAUUACAGUUGGCUGUCUCUUUGACUGCAGCAAGUAGAUGGAUUCUUACUGGUACACCAACUCCAAAUACCCCAAAUAGUCAAGUAGCUCAUCUUCAAUCUAUGCUCAAAUUUCUUCAUGAUGAAGCUUAUGGUCAAAAUCAGGAAUCCUGGGAAGCAGGUAUACUUAGACCUUUUGAAGCACAACUGGAGGAGGGAAGGUUACGCCUUUUUCAUUUACUUAAGCGGAUUAUGAUUAGUGCAAGGAAAAUAGAUCUCAAAAGCAUACCUCCUUGCAUAAAAAAGAUUACCUUUUUACAUUUUACUGAAGAGCACGCAACAAGUUACAAUGAAUUGGUUCUUACUGUCCGACGAAAUAUAUUAAUGGCUGACUGGAAUGAUCCUUCUCAUGUUGAGUCACUUCUGAACCCAAAACAAUGGAAGUUCCGCAGUAGCACUAUUAGGAAUGUCAGACUAUCUUGUUGUGUAGCUGGACAUAUCAAGGUAACAGAUGCUGGUCAGGAUAUACAAGAAACAAUGGAUAUACUAGUGCAACAUGGUCUUGAUCCUCUUUCAGAAGAGUAUGGGUUCAUUAAGAAUUCUCUUUUGAAUGGUUGUAGCUGUUUCAGGUGCGAAAAUUGGUGUCGUUUACCUGUUAUUACACCAUGUCGGCAUAUGUUGUGCCUUGAUUGUGUUGCUCUGGACAGUGAAAGAUGCACUCUACCUGGCUGUGGAUAUCAUUAUGAGAUGCAAUCUCCAGAAACAAUAGCUCGGCCAGAAAAUCCAAAUCCAAAGUGGCCUGUUCCCAAGGAUCUUAUUGAGCUACAGCCAUCAUAUAAACAGGAUGACUGGGAUCCUGACUGGCAGUCAACAUCUAGCAGCAAAGUUGCAUAUUUAGUAGAGCGAUUGAAGGUUUUACAAGAAACAAACAGAAAAUUUGGUGAAUCUGUAGAUGGAAUAGAUAAAACCAAGGAGCUUCUUUAUUCUUCUAAGGUCAACUGUAGUUUUUUUGUGCAACGGAAAGCUUGGUCCGCACAGAAUAGUGAGUCUUGUAAGGUGCUGCCUGAGAAAGUAAUUGUUUUUUCUCAGUUUCUUGAGCAUAUACAUGUUGUUGAACAGCAGUUGACAGUUGCUGGCAUCAUCUUUGCUAAAAUGUAUAGUCCGAUGCAUUCCAGCAACAAGAUGAAAUCAUUGAUGACCUUCCAACUAGACCCAAAUUGCAUGGUUUUGCUAAUGGAUGGAAGUGCAGCCUUGGGCCUAGAUCUGAGCUUUGUUACACAUGUUUUUUUGAUGGAACCAAUCUGGGAUAGAAGCAUGGAAGAACAAGUGAUUAGUCGUGCUCAUCGCAUGGGUGCUACACGUCCGAUUAAUGUAGAAACACUGGCAAUGUAUGGUACCAUUGAAGAGCAAAUGUUGAAAUUUUUACAGGAUGUCAAUGCUUGUAGAGAAACAUUCAAGCAAGAAGUUGAUAAAGAUGAAUAUGAAGGGACACGAGCUCAUCGCACACUACAUAAUUUUGCUGAAAGCAAUUAUUUGGCUCGAUUGAGCUUUGUGUGCACAAAUGUGAAAGCAUAACAGCUGUCAAAUGAUAAUUGUCCGAAAUUAGCCAACUCCGAUUGAAUUCCAUUGGUUGUACCUAUUCCAAUUGAUUUUAUGACUGUCGGUUGAAAAGUUUUGGAAAUCAUAAGCCUUUGAUGGUAUAUACUGAUACAGAUGGAACAUUAACAGAAGUCAAAUGAUACUGUGAACCGUGUUCCUUUCACAUCCAACCUUUAUUUUUGAGGAGGUAAGGUGGCAAUAUUUGACGUUAUGUAAGGCAGAGCAAUCUGUAUAUUUCUGGUAUAUAUCUGACCUGAGGUCUUCUCCA